AUGAAAUAUUUCGUGAUUAUAGUUUACGAAAGCUUCCUGUACAGGAUAGCGGCAGCUUACUGUAAACUUCCUUCUAUAGAUUCUAAUUUGCCUGUGGGAAUCGAAAUCACUCUGUUAGAAGUACUCAGCAGAACCCAGUGUUGCCGUCGGUCAUACACUUUGAAUGCAUUCACAACUGGUUUAUCGCGUGUCCAUUCAUUGCUGUCUCCUCAGACUUUACCUGUUGGUCAGAAUUAUAGAUUUUCUUUUGUUUGUUUUUAUUUAUCUAAAGCUGAAAACGAGUUAUGGACGAACGAAGGUCUACUUAAAGUCACAUUACAAGAGGAUUUACAACUAUUUCACAAUGUUGAAGUGUUUGAGAUUGCUCAAAAAAUUUUGAAUCCAUUUUUGAAAAGCACUUUAAUGACAAGCUUUGACCAUAUGCAAUUGCUUUAA